UUGUGGUCGGAUCAGAUUUUGUUGUAGCCUACCUGGGAGUAGAGCAGACUCACCUGAAAGUGAAACGCUCCUUUUCCUCGGCACCAAACCCGCCCGCUCGGUUUCACUUUCCUUUGAGACAUUGAAUAAUAAAAAAGGAGUGAGACAGAACACUUGGUCAGCGGAUAAAUAAUUAACCUGACAACUCACACCGCAGUUUGCAGCAGACCUGACAUGAGGAGCUGAGGAGUGAGACUUACCUCCCGCCUGUGCGCCGAGACAAGGAAACAAGCCGACAGGUGUUUUUUUUUUUUUUUUUUUUGUAUAUUUGAUUUUGAAUGACAUUGGACCUGGACACACUGGACCGUAAUCAUGCUCGGAGCGGAGAGCAGGCUGGAGAGCCGGCUGAAGAAGCUGGAGUCCCUCAUGAAGACUCCGCAGUCACCUCUCAACUUUGAAACACUGCUGGAUUCCAUGACUGCGUUGGCUCAUGACUUGAACUAUCCUGCCCUGAGGAAAAACAAAAGCAUUGAGGCCUUUCUGAGCCGAUAUGAGAAGGCGGUGAGUCAGCUGCGGGAGCUGCAGGUGAAGCUCGACGACUUUGAAAGAGUGAAGUUGAUCGGGAGAGGGGCGUACGGAGAAGUGCAGCUGGUCCGUCACAAGGCCUCUCAGAAGGUUUACGCCAUGAAGCAGCUCAACAAGUUUGAGAUGAUCAAGCGGUCAGACUCGGCCUUCUUCUGGGAGGAGAGACACAUCAUGGCCUUCUCCAACAGUCCCUGGGUUGUCCAGCUGUGCUGUGCUUUCCAAGAUGACCGCCACCUCUACAUGGUGAUGGAGUACAUGCCGGGGGGCGACCUGGUGACGCUCACCAUGAACUACGACAUACCUGAGAAGUGGGCUCGCUUCUACACGGCUGAGGUCGUGCUGGCGCUGGACGCCAUCCACUCCAUGGGCUUCAUCCACCGUGACAUCAAACCUGACAACAUGCUGCUGGACCAAAACGGACACCUGAAGCUGGCAGAUUUCGGCACCUGCAUGAAGAUGGACUCGACGGGUAUGGUGCACUGUGACACAGCUGUAGGCACUCCGGACUACAUCUCCCCCGAGGUGCUGCAGUCUCAGGGUGGUAACGGUAUCUACGGCAGAGAGUGCGACUGGUGGUCUGUUGGAGUCUUUAUAUUCGAGUUGUUUGUCGGUGAGACUCCUUUCUACGCAGAGUCCCUGGUUGGAACUUACGGGAAGAUCAUGAACCACAAGAACAUGCUGGUCUUCCCCGAUGAUGUGGAGAUGUCUCAGAAUGCCAAAGACCUCAUCUGUGCCUUUCUCACUGACAGGAAAGCUCGCCUGGGCCGCACAGGAGUGGAUGAAAUUAAAAGUCACCCUUUCUUCAAGAACAACCAGUGGACCUUUGACAACAUCAGAGAGACUGUGGCUCCAGUCGUGCCGGAGCUGAACGGUGACAUAGACACCAGUAACUUUGACCACAUAGAGGAGGACAAACGAGAUGUUGAGACCUUCACUCCACCCAGAGCCUUUGUGGGCAACCAGCUUCCAUUCAUUGGCUUCACUUACUUCAAAGAGGAUCAGCUGCUGAAGGGAGACAACAACAGCUCUGUGCAGGAUUCAGAGGACAGUAAGGAAAGCUCUGAGGAUAAAGAGUCCUGCUCGGAGAGUAAGAAAGAACUGCAGAAAACGCUCAAUCAGCUGGAGGAGAAGCUCGAACAUGAGAUGCAGGCCAAGGAUGAGCUGGAGCAGAAGUGCAACAAUGCCACCAACCGUUUAGACAAGCUGGUCAAAGAAUUAGACAAGGAGAUGAGCAGCAGGCAGAAAGUGGAGGCCUCGCUCAGGCAGCUGGAGAGAGAGCGAGCUCUGCUGCAGCACCAGAGCGCCGACCAACUGCGCAAGGUGGAGAUCGAAAGUGACAGAAAACGCGGCCUCGAGAAUGAAUUAAACAACCUGAGGGACCAGCUAGAGGAUCUCAGGAAGAAGAACCAUAACUCUCAGAUCUCCAAUGAGGAGAACAUCCAGCUGCAGAAACAACUUGAGGAGGCCAGCAACGUGCUGCAGACCGAGCAGGAGGCGGCGGUGCGGCUGAAGAAGAGUCAGGCAGAGGCGCAGAAACAGACUCAGAGCCUGGAGGUCAGCCUCAGGGAGAUGCAGGAAAAGAGCAGGCGGCUUGAAAACGACAAGAUGGAGCUGGAGAAGCAGCUGAGGGGGCUGCAGGCCGAGCUGGAGGAGGAGAGGAGAAAUCGUAGCCUCGGGACAGAAACUAUUACAGACCUGCAGGGACGGAUCUCAGGCCUGGAAGAAGAGGUGAAAGAGGUGAAGGCUUCUCUCUCCGAGAUAGAGAGUGAAAAGAAGCAGCUGCAGAAGAAGCUCAAUGACCUCGAGAAGGAGAAGAGCAACCAAGAGAUCAACUUGACGUUCAAGCUGAAGACGCUGCAGCAGAGUCUGGAGCAGGAGGAGGCAGAACACAAGGCCACCAAAGCCAAGCUGGCAGAUAAAAACAACAUAAGCCAGUCCAUCGAGGAGGAAAAAUCGGAGGCUUUAAAAAAGAUGGAGAGCACCCUGCAAGAGGAGCACAGCUUGAAGCUGCAGGUGGAGGGAAAGCUGCUGCAGCUAGAGAAGGAUUACUCCAUGCUGGACUGUGACUACAAGCAGGCGCAGCACAAACUGGACGACCUGCUGGCACAGAAGGAGAAACUUUCUGAAGAGGUUAGGAUCCUGGGCUUGCGUCUGGAGCAGGAGAUCCACAAGCGCGGUCUGAGCCAGAGCGAGCUGAAGAUGCAAAACCAGCAGGUGUCGGUGCUCCGCUCCUCAGAGAAACAGCUCAAACAGGAGCUCAACCACCUGCUGGACCUGAAGCAGGUCCUGGAGAAACAGAACCAAGAGCUACGCAGGGAGAAGCAGGAGGCGGGCGGCCAGCUGAAGGAAUUGAAGGACCAACUGGAGGCAGAGCAGUAUUUCACGACCCUUUACAAGACGCAAGUAAGAGAGCUGAAGGACGAGUGUGAAGAGAAGAACAAGCUGUGCAAAGAGAAGCAGCAACGCCUGGCAGAAUAUGAGGAGGAGAGGGACUCCCUUACAAAUCAGCUGGAGGCCAGUUUGACCAAAGCGGACUCUGAGCAGCUGGCUCGCUCCAUCGCUGAGGAACAGUACUCGGAUCUGGAGAAGGAGAAGAUAAUGAAGGAGCUGGAGAUCAAAGACAUGAUGGCGAGACACAAACAGGAGCUCGGUGACAAAGAAGCCACCAUCAGCUCGCUGGAGGAAUCCAAUCGCACUCUGACGGUGGAUGUGGCCAACCUAGCCAGCGAGAAAGAGGAGCUCAACAACCAGCUGAAAGACAUGCAGCAGCAGUUCCAGCAAGCCAAGGAGGAGGAGAAGAAGAUGAACACGCUCAAAGUGAGCUUUGAAAAACAACUGCAGAAUGAAAGGACACUAAAAAUUCAGGCUAUCAACAAGCUGCAUGAGGUGAUGAACAGAAGGGAGACGAUACGAGGAGGCCCCCGGGGCCCUGACAACGAGGUGCACAGGAAGGAAAAGGAGAACAGGAAGCUGCAGCUGGAGCUGAGAGCGGAGAAGGAGAAACUCAACAGCACCAUCAUCAAAUAUCAGAGAGAGAUGACGGAUAUGCAGGCGAUGAUAGCGGAGGAGAACCAGGUGCGCCUGGAGCUUCAGAUGGCGUUGGACAGUAAAGACAGCGACAUCGAGCAGCUUCGUUGCCAGCUCACCUCCCUCAGCGUUCACUCUCUGGACUCCACCAGCAUCAGCAGCGGCAACGAGCUGGACUCUGGUGAAGGAUACCCAGUGCGCAUUACUCACUCCCACACCUCCGAAUCAAUGUCCUUCACCUACCAGCGCACGCACAAAUCUGUCUGCAUCGACACACGGCCCAACCUUCACUCAGCUCACUCUCUCUUUGACUCUGACUCUGAGGACGAUGACGAGCAUGAAGGGCAGGUGGAGCAGGGCCCUCGUCCUCUGGCCCUCACCUACGAUCAGCCCCCUGAGGCUGAACCUGCAGACUCUAGGCUAGAAGGCUGGAUUUCACUUCCCACUAAGAUGACAAAGCGCUUUGGCUGGGACAAAAAAUAUGUAGUUGUGAGCAGUAAGAAGAUCCUGUUCUACAACAGCGAGCUGGAUCGAGAGCAGGCCAACCCUUUUAUGACCCUGGAGAUCGACAAACUGUUUCAUGCCCGACCUGUCACUCACACUGAUGUGUACCGUGCAGACCCCAAAGAGAUUCCAAGGAUAUUUCAGAUCCUGUAUGCCAAUGAAGGGGAGAGUAAGCGUGACCAGGAGGUUGUAGUGGAGCCGAUGCCUUUUGGGGAGCGUUCCUCUUACAUCAGUCACAAGGGCCACGAGUUCAUCCUCACUCUCUACCACUUCCCCUCGAGCUGUGAGGCCUGCACUCGGCCCCUGUGGCACGUUUUCAAGCCCCCGCCAGCCCUUGAGUGCCGCCGCUGCCAUACCAAGUGCCACAAAGACCACCUAGACAGAAAGGAGGAAGUUAUUGUGCCCUGCAAAGUGAACUACGACAUGUCCACAGCCAAAGAGCUGCUCCUGCUGGCCAACUCUCAGGCGGAGCAGCAGCGCUGGGUCAGUCACCUACUCAAACGAAUCCCACGGAAACACCCGACCAUGAGUCCUCCCUCAGCAGCCCCAAGCACCCCUCCUGAAGCGUUACGCCCAUCUCCACGGAACUCCCCUCGACCUUCACCCAGGGGUUCACCUCACAUGUCGACCCACCGUGGAGCCAUUAAGAUCCAGUCCACCAGACAGCCAUCAGGGAAGGGCAGCACUGGCCCCAUGCUCCGUAUCAUCCUCCACUGACCUCCUCACCUCUGACCCCACCUUUCUAACGUCUCUCAUGCUGGGAGGCUAUUGCUUGAUUUUGGCCUGAAAGACUGGAGUUGGUCGUUGGAUGAUGUCGAUAAAGAUGAUGAUGAUGAUGAUGAUAUGUUCUUCUGAUGGAAGUGAAGGAGGGGGGAUAGAGGUUAACCCUGGCUGAUCAAAGAUGUGCAUUUUCAUCUUUGUGGAUUCACAGCGGCAGUCUGGAGGCAGUGUCUACACGUGUUGUUUCUUCAGGGAAGUAGACUGAAAAAGUGCUAAUCACAGAAACUGGCUGCCGUAAUGAGAGCGGAGACUGUCUUUGUCAUUUUAACAAGAGGGAAGAUGAGCAGUAUUCACAUUCGAGGGAGAUUUCAUUUUCAUCUUAACAACAAAAAAACAGUAGAACCUCAGCCCAACACGCGGUGAUUAAAGCUGCCUAAUUUUAAUAUCACAAAAACAUGGACAUUUUAUUCAGCCAGCUGCAGUGACUCACAUGGAUUUGUGUUUGUGAGGUGUUAGCAUGUGUGUGAACAUUUGUAUAUAGGAUUAAGAGGUCUGUCUGUGUAUUGUAACACGGACAGUUCAGCUCAUAGUAUUUGAUUGUAUUAUUUCAAUUGAUAUAAGUCAACAGCACAUUAUACAGUAUAUGCUUGUUUUUGUAAAUGAACACAGUUAUACUGAUUGGAGGAAUUGACACCAUUAUGACUGUUGAUAAAGUAUAUCCAUCAGAUGUAAAGUAGAAACAAGUAAGAUGAACAGAAACUGUGUUUUCUUUCACCAUUCAUGACAAAUCAAAUAAACUCUGUUACCCCAUAA